UUCACCAAGAAUGGCUAUGUUUUCAGUCAGAGUUCGUGUCUUCUAACCCAUCAGAAAGUACUCCCUGAUGAGAAACGAUGCACAGAGAUGGAGUGUGGGAAGGGUUUGAUUCGUGGUUCCAAUCUCAGCAUGCACCGUCAAGUUCAGGUGCAAAAGGUUCCCUGUGAUUCUGAAGAAGGUUUUCAUAACUUCUGUCUUUCUACACACUUUCCAGACCUUCACACUAUCGACACUAGGGAGCAGCCAUGUAGACACCAUGCAUGUGGGAACACUUUCGGCCAGAAUUCCUGCCUUCAAGGCCAUCCUAAAAUUUGCCCUGAGGAGAAACUGUAUAAGGAGCUUGGGAAUGGUUUCAGUUGGAGUUCAAAGCAGAAGGAACACCAAAGGGCUCACGGAGGAGAGAAACCACACAAAUGCAGCCUGUGCGGUAAAGGCUUCAGUCAUAGAUCCAUUCUGAAUGUGCAUCAGAGAGUCCACACGGGAGAGAAACCGUACAAAUGUCAGGCAUGUGCUAAGGAAUUCAGCCGGAGCUCAUACCUUCAAGCCCAUCAGCGAGUUCACACUGGCGAGAAACCAUUCAAGUGUGAGGAGUGUGGGAAAGAAUUCAGCCGCAGUUCCUACCUUCAGGGCCACCAGCGAGUUCAUAGCGGAGAGAAGCCAUACAAGUGUGAGGCGUGUGGGAAGGGUUUCAGCCGGAGUUCUCACCUCCAAGGCCACCAGAGAGUCCACACUGGCGAGAAGCCAUUCAAAUGUGAGGAAUGUGGGAAAAGCUUCAGUUGGAGCUUUAAUCUUCAGAUUCACCAGAAGGUACACACGGGAGAGAAACCCUAUAAAUGUGGAGAGUGCGCAAAGGGCUUCAGUAAGGCCUCGACACUUCUGGCCCACCAGAGAGUCCACACAGGAGAGAAGCCCUACAAAUGUGAACAGUGCGGCAAGGGGUUCAGUGGGUUUUCAAGCCUUCAAGCCCACUACAGGGUCCACACAGGGGAAAAACCAUACAAGUGUGAGGUAUGCGGGAAGGGUUUCAGUCAGCGAUCCAACCUUCAAGCCCAUCAGAGAGUCCACACAGGAGAGAAACCGUAUAAGUGUGAUGCCUGUGGAAAGGGCUUUCGCUGGAGCUCGGGCCUUCUCAUUCAUCAGCGAGUCCAUGGCGGAGAGAAAUUCUAUCAAAAUGGAGGAUUUGGUACAGCUUACCCUUCAUCCGAGAACCCAUAUGGAAACUAA